UUUAGAAACAAUGCCAACUUCGACGUAGGCCCGCCUGUUGUAGUACCACCACCACAAUCACAAAAAAAGGAGUCCCAUGAAAACAUCGCUCGAAUAGCAAAGAGGUAUCUCGACGAUAACAUGCAGCAGGCGUGGAUCAAUCCUCGCUUAAUAUCAAUGAUAAACGUGGAAGCAGUAACUUCAACAGAUUACGACUCUUCAAAUCUCAGUAGGGAUUUCAAUCAGGUUGGCUUCAACACUUACAACUAUUCCCAGUUCGAGGAGAAGUACAAGCCACGGCAGAUCUUCAAAUACGGGGAUGAGUAUCUCGAGUAUGGCCGCAAUUCCGUUCGGCUUGAUUCGAAUGCUGAGAGAUCAACGGGAAGAUUAACGGGUAGAUAUCAGCAAGACGGGUUGACUAAGUUCGAGCAAAGAUAUUCGAGGAGUCAUUCGCAGCCUGAGAGACAGCAGUAUGCGUAUCAUGAAACACGAUCCAAGUCACAAGACUCACGAGAGUUGACCUUCUAUCAUAUCGAUCCACCACCGAAGUUGGAGAACCCUCAACAACAGCAACAGCAGCAACAGUUACAACAAUUAUUGCAACAAAAGCAACACCAGCAACCACAACAACAACCACAACAAUAUCAACAGCAACAGCAGCAGCAACAGCAACAACAACAAAGUAAAUCUUAUCGAUCGAGCACUGAUAAAUCAGCGUCUGGUAAUAAAAAAGAAUUAACUUUCUACAAGAUCGAUGGUCCAAGCACCAACGCAAUUUCCACGCAGGACAAGUGUAAAGAUAAAUGUGAUAAAAAAGAUAGGAAUCAAGAGAAAUUUGUAACCUCGAAACACGCGAAACAAAAUCAUCAAGAACAAAAAAGUAAUUCAUCGAUACCACCGAAUUAUCAGUUGAACAGAUCCCAAUCUGAUUUGACAGAAUGUCAAUUACCGGAUUACUAUAGGCAUCAGAAUAAUCCUUACAUCGAUCCACCUAAAUAUCGACAAUACGACAGACCCCCGAAGUAUCAAGAAACGCCACCAAAAUCUGAACCACCUCCAAAGUAUCAUGCUGAACCUCCGAAAUAUUCGGAAAUUGUUAGACGUCAGGAUGAUUCGAAAAGAACACAGCAAGAAGAGAGGACAAGACGUCAGGGUGUCGGAUUAGGAGGUUUAGGAGGAGGAACAGGAGGAGCGGUAAGAGGUGGAGGAGGUGGAGGAGUAGGAGGAGGAGGAGGGGUUGGAGGAGGGAGGGGAGGCUCCACUCAUGGCUCCGAGACGCCCUCUAAUCUAGCCAGUAUCACGCCGACCGCGCGUGAAGCAAUACGCGUGUUGUCGGUUCGUAAUCAGCGUUUCCAACAGAAGACGUGCGACGUGUUACGUUGUCCUAACAACAACAACAACAAUUGCAACAAGGAAGAUAUUUAUUGCGAUAGUAGCGACGAUUCGGAAUUAGUAUUGACACCUAAGUGUCAUGGUGAGUCAUCAAAGACUAGUCAUCAUUAUCACAGUCAUCAUAAUCAUCAUCAUCAUUAUCAUCAUAAUCAUCAUAGUUAUCAUCAGCAACUACCACUACAACAACAGCAGCAGCAACAGCAACAACAAGAGCAACAGCAACAGCAACAACAACAACAACAACAACAACAGAUUAGAUCGGGUUGUAGUGGCAGUGUAAUUUUGAACAGUAGUGUUCCUUGUGCCGAUGGUUGUUGUAGUAGUAAUACGAGUAAUAGUAACAAUGGUGUUUGCAUUGGUGUGACAAGUAAUAAUGGUUUCGGUAGUGGAGCCUCCCCAUGUUGCGAACUGACCAGUACAAGCGAUAAGUAUAAGAGUGCUGUGGAGUCCUUAUUGAAGGCCAACGAAGCGGUCCAAGGUCGUCCCGUGGAUAGAUCCAUGUUGAAGAUCGAGAAGCCACAAUCGAAGGUGGUUGCUCUGCACGGUGUCGAGGCCACUGCGAAGUCCACGGACAGGAUGAAAUCCUCGCAGGACGUCGUAGGAUACGUUAGUAAGCACGACACAGCCAAAUCCAAGGCGAAUCACGACUCUAAUCAUGGAUUCAAGGUCGAAAAUCUCAAGUAUUACGGCGAGUUGAAAGGCUAUGAUUUUAAAUCUUACGGUACGAUCGACAAGCCAAUCGUUACGUCUCACGAGAAGUCACAUUUACAUGGUGCACCGGAGAAGGUUUCUCAUGAGAAAUGUCACGCGAAAUUGUCGUCAGGUUCGACGUCCUCUUCAUCUCCAGCUAUGCAGGCAUACUUGAAGGUUCCAAACGUCGUCGAUCGUCAAACUGAGAAAAGUCCCUACGGGGAGCAUUAUUAUCAUAGAUCGUCACACUCGAAGCCGCAGAACGCGUAUCAAGUUUAUCAGGAGACCAAGUACUCUUACAACGUUAGUGGGGUGCCAGGAACACCGGCACAGGCCAGCGCAGCCGCAGCGUUCUUUGCAAGAGCCGCACAGAAGUUAAACCUGUCGUCGAGUCCCCAUCGUCGACGACGUUCGGGUGACGAAAACAUCGGACCAGAAGAGCAACUAAUCUUUCCUAAUGGAUACGCCGCAUUGCUUCUCAAAUCACCGCCUCCGGCACCACCGGCCCUUCUCAGGAGGAUAGGAGUCAAGGAGCUUACCGGAGUUGGCAAGGUGAAAGUCAUGCUAAGGGUAUCUCCAGGGGAUGGUGGUAGUUUCUUCAACGCCGAUAAACGAAAAAAGCAAGUAACUUUGGUUGAUCCAGCAUCCGGUCAAUCAUCUUCAGCUGAAGAUCGUAGGCCAACAGUUGCAGCACCGAAAAUGUUCGCGUUCGACGCUAUCUUCACGGAGGAAGAUUCUCAGACAGAGAUUUGUUCGAGCGCUCUUACCGAUGUCAUUCACGCUGUCAUCAAUGGUACGGAUGGUUGCCUCUUUUGUUAUGGACAUGCAGGUUUAGGCAAGUCUCACACAAUGUUGGGCACCCCUGAGGCAGGACACACUUUGGGUGCAAUCCCGUGCGCGAUAGCGUGGCUCUUCCGUGGAAUUUCCGAGCAACGUCAGAGAACCGGUGCCAGAUUUAGCGUGAGGGUCAGCUGCGUAGAAUUGACCACUGGCCAGCAACAGUUGAGAGAUCUUCUUGCUGCUCACGCGAAUGAUUCAGAACAAUCGCCGGCCGUUUAUCUGAGAGACGAUCCGCUAUUCGGUACGUUACAGUUACAACAACAUAGUGAGCUCCGAGCACCAACUGCAGAACGUGCAGCUUUUUAUCUCGACGCAGCAGUUGCUGGCCGUCAACGAGAAGAUGGAGAUGCUCAUAUGCUCUAUACGUUACACGUGUAUCAGUAUAGCGUCGCAGGCAAGGGUGGUGUCGCCGGCGGUAGAAGCAGACUACAUCUCAUGGACCUUGGUAAUUCCGACCGUGGCAAGUCGUCCGGUGGAAUACCACUUUCAGGUCUGGGAAAUAUUCUCUUAGCCAUUUUCAAUGGACAGAAGCAUUUGCCGUACAAGGAGCAUAAGCUAACCCAAUUACUAAAGGAAUGUCUUGGCUCGUUAACGUGUCAUGCAGCAAUGAUCGCCCACGUGUCUCCGAAUGCUCAGCAUUAUACCGAGACUUUAACGACCGUGCAGUUGGCAUCGAGGAUUCAUCGAAUGAGACGAAGAAAGAUCAAAUUUGUCGGUGGUGGUGCGCAGGGUACCGGGAGCGGUGGUAGUUCGGGUGAGGAAGCAGCCAGACAAAACAGCGAGUGUGAUCCAAGUUCCAGUGAUCUUUCCGCAGACACUGUGAUUUACGUUGGCCCAAGUGCCGAUGACGCAACCGAUGGAGAACAUCCACCAGUUUAUAUUCCCAGUUUGAAUUCCGGUGACAAUCGUUGUGCAAUGGGUCGAGUACUUCGUGGUUCAGCAGCUGAGAGACCUAGUAAGAUUCCUGAAGAAAGAAGUCCGGCACACAAGCCCACGAAAAUAACGAAAACGUUAACACAGACAGCUUCGAAACAGACUUCACCAGCUCACAGUGUCACGCCAAAAGCUAGUCCAGCGCGGAAGAUAUCUUCGAGCAAGGUUUCCAGCUCAAAAAUAACUGACUCGCCGAGUAGUAAAAUUCCAGUAGCUGCUUCAAGCGGUGCCUCGGAUGAACAAUGGAUAGAUGGUCCAAGAAUUUCAAAAUCUAAGGUUGCCGAAGCUAGACACAUGUUGAAGGAUUCUCAUCAUAAACGAGAAACUUGGAUAGACGGACCGAUGCAAUUAACUAGUCCUCCACUCUUGCCACUUCAUACGCAACAACAACAUUCUUCUGGUUAUGGAUUCAUGGAUAGUCAUAAAAAGAGUAUGAUAAGAAAAUGGGUAGAGAAUCAAUCGUCUCAAAUUCAAAGAUCUAAACACGCGCAGUUGCGUAUGGAACCAUUAAAAAACACUGGACAAUCUUCUCAGUUGAAAGAAAUGACGACGUUCAAGAGUUGUUCUGCUACUGUUGACGAUGACGAUACCUCUUUAUCAACAGCUGAGAGUGAUAGUCUGAAGGCCAACGAGAUCGAAGACAUUACUGAAAAACUCGGAGCGAAACUUAAUCUUCUAAACGUCAAGUCGAAUACCGAUUCAGGAUUAGAUCUAACAGCAAGCCCAGUUAUGGAUGAUAGCAUUGAUAGAGGAAAAUUAGAUCUUCCCGAGGAUGAGGAUGACGACGAAGAGAUAGUUGUACCACCUCCCUUACCUCUGAUUGAACCUCUUAGCAAUGGAGUUAGCAGGGAAGUUUCCAUGGAAAGUUUGAACCUUUCUCAUAAGGACAUUGUAUUACCAUCCAGACACUCCCUCUCAUCCGAAGACGAAAUCUUAGAAAUUGUUGAGGUGGAAGAUUUAGAACCAGUGCCAAUGCAGGACUCCUGCCUUCAAGUUACGGAAGAAGACAUUGCCAUGUGUAUGAGCGAAAAUCCUUUGCCAGAGAGCGAUCAAGAAGAACAUCCUUUAAGAAUUCUCAGCCAGGAAAAUCUUACGGUUGUCUCUACAUUUACUGACUCAAUGUCGGUAAUGUCGGACACGGAACGCUACAGAUCUCACUAUCCACCCCCUGUUGGUGCUGGUGUAAUGCCGAGGCCAUAUUUCGACCACGAGGAUUUCUUGGAACAAGAGACUAGGCACAAAUUCGAUCAAUUGGCAAGACUUCACGAGCUUUACCAGAGCAAAUUAGCUCUUGCGAAUGUUUCAAAUUCAGCGACGUAUCAAAGGGAGAAUUCGUCCACUGUGAACUCGCGAGAAGCUCCAUCCGCCACCGUCUUCCGUCCGCCAUCACGCUGUCAAUCCUUGUCCCUUACGGAUGUCUUGUUCAACGACAAUGCGAGCAAUCAUGGUAGUAUCUACAGCGAGCCCGCAUACAUAGCUGGGAAGUCCGAUCAGGAGAAGAUCUGUGACAAUUGUCGUCAAAGUAUGUCAAGACCAGCUACAGCUUUUUAUUGGUAUCCGAGUAGCGUCGCUCAUCUUGCCAGUCCUAGAAGGUACUGCGGAAAAUUAGGCGAGUGCAAUAUCUCUAGUCUGAGGCAUCCAGAUGGUGCUUCGAAUCCUAAUUUAAAAGAAGAAAUCGAAAGGAUACCUGGAAACGGUGCUUCGGGUUCGGAUCCAGAAGAGGAAUACGUGGAAGCAAAAAAACUCUUCACUGCGGCGGAGAGAUCGGAAAGAACAAUAACGGGCAAGUCCGAUAUCGAGGAGGACGUGAAAAUUCAAGCACCAUCCUCCGGUCGAAUGCAACGAAAAAUCCUAAGUCUUGGUUCUUCUUUGGGUCUCAACAAAGAGGGUUACGAAUCCGAUGCCGAUUCAGCAGCACGGGUAGCUAAAUUAUCACCAGCUACAUUAUCCAGACAUCGAGCUGAGAGUUCAGGAUACGAUAGUGUUGUCAGAGACAGUGAGACCAGUAGUAUCGCUAGUGAUUCAUCGAGACAAACCAGUGCUCUUCAAGAACAUCAAGCGGUGGAACGGCGGGGGGUGGCAGGGCGCGUGCUCCGGGCACGACUUCAAUCUCAGCAGGUGGUGGUCCGCCGACAUCCGGUCGGGCCUCCACCGCUGCCACCGGGGAUACUCGUCUACACAGGCGAGGACGUGGACAUCCUGGACAAGCGCGCGCGAUUGCGUUCGGAACCACGUGGCACGAUGUCCAAGAUACACAAACUGCGACUGCGCCAGCGCCUUCUUAGGCUCGAGCUGAGAGACGCCAAGAAGCGCCUGAUGGUUCCCGAUUGUCGCUGGAGCUACGAAUUGCACGUGGAGGACAGCAUGGAUUGGCGUGACCCGUCCUUUCUCGAGGCACUCGAAGCUGAAACUUACAUACUUCAAAAACGAGUAGAAGCUUGCAAGAGUCAUGUUCUCUUAGUCACAUGUUUCGAUUUCUGCCCUAGAGGCUCCUCGGCGAGUAACGCUGCUUCACCAUCAGAGAUAAAAAUCACCUAACGCAGAUUCGGAUCAGCGCGCACGACCGCGUGCUGAUCGAUACCGGUUAACCAUCUUCUUCUGCUCCGCCUACAAUCUUAAUCUUUUGUUUUUUCAAGAUUCGAUAGGUUGGAAAUAGAAAAAAAAAAAAAAAAGAAAAGAAAAAUUAGUUAAGUGAUGAGACGAGCGAGGUCGUCGAAUAAAUGCGUCAACGACAACGACGCCGAUGUCGCUCGACUCCGUCCAGAAUAGCUGUUAUGGUUAGUCAAAGAAUUGUCGUAUCCUCGUCUUACCAUCACACACGUCGUUAUUAUCCUUUGUCCAGUUUAAGCGCUACGAAUAAAAAAAAAGAAACAAAAAAAAAGAAAAAAAAAAACAAAGAAAAAGAGAGUAAACUGCCUACUCGACGUUUUAACCUUUCAAUUACGAAAUUACAGAAAAAGAAAAUCAUUUUUCAAUUAACAUCAUAAUAUUAUCUCUUUUCUCAAGCGUCUGUAAUUUAUCUUAUAUAUAUUUAUAUCAUUGAAUAUUUGUUUUUUUUUUUAAAUAUAUAAAUGCAUUUUUGAAACACCGUAAUGGUAACUUUGUUUUUCGUAGAUGAAUGGUUAAAGAGAUGGCAAUGUACACACAUGUAUACAUCGAUAAAUAUACCUACGUACGCGCGCACGCACGUGUCUUCUUAUUGGAGUUGUUAGAGACUAUAUCGAGUAUAUAAAUAUAGUAUAUAUCUAUGUAUUCGCGUUCGAAUUUUCUCGGUUUUUUUUUAAAAUGGCGUACGUCAAGUUUCAAAUGACUCCCCUCGAAUCGAGAUAGAGAAGAUGUUAUCA